AUGUUCGAAGCGAUUUUUCGGGCAGUCGUUAAAGAGAAGAUGAUAUAUACCCGGCAGAACAAACCCUCGCUUGUCAAGUCCGUUGGCAGCAGAUUGUCGCUCUGCGCAUCGGUAUUCCGGUUGGCGGUCGAGCAGGGGGUGGCGCAUAUACGGAAUAAAACUUUCAAGGCGCUUUCGAAGCAUGUAAUUGACAUACUGCCCCAGGGGGAUGGGCUUUGCGAACCGAUUAGUUUGGACUAUAUUAAAGCGCUGCGUACUUGCUUGGCAUGUUCACCGCACGCGGAGCAUAUCGAUAAGAAGGAAUGGGCGACACUCGCUCGGUUUUGCUGCACUCAUGUGGAAUCUCAGUUAGGGCUUCUGAUCGGUGACCCGGAGAGCGCGGAUGAAGAUGCGAGUGGGUCGAGGAAUGUGCGGCUCAGCUUGUCGAGAGACGUGUCGUCGGCUUCUAGGCGUUCACAGCCGCCUUCUCAGGGUACUCCUAGGUUGAACCAUGAUAGUGAGGAGUUGAUGUUGUGCCUAGAGAUCUUGUUGAAAACUCCUAAUGCUCCGAUUGUUGAGCACGACGAGAUGGUUGUUAGGACCAUUCUCGGGUUCUUGGUUUCGCAGCCUACGGUCACUCGUGCUCAUCCACCAGCGUUCACGGCGUUGAACUCGGUGCUGGAAGUUAUUGCUACUAAUAAUAUUUCCUUAACGGCGAAGGUCGCUCAAGGGAUUGUUCCUGUUUUGGCAAAGCUGUGGGACUCCAAACAGCCGACUUUUAGGGAGCAGAUGAUGAUUACUUUGAUCUAUAUACUGCCACAAAUUCGCACCAUAAUAAGUGAGGGCCGGUCGAGAACUCUACGACGGAAGGUGGAAGCUCUUUCAGAAGCCCUUUUCGUAGAGUGUUCUGGGCGAGCAGAUCGUGAUCAACUGCAGCUAGAUGAUCUGGUAUUCCCGGACCCACUGAAGACUUUUGAUGCUGAGGUAACGCCCCUUGGCUUACAAGGCUUUUGCCUCCGUAAGGGGAACCAGAGGGCCGAAAUGAAUUGGAUAGUGCCCCAGUUGAUGGCGACAGUAGUCAAUAUCCUAGAUAGGUCUGGUGGGGGUCCGGCUGGUUCUAAUGGCAAAGCGCCGGAAGAGGAUCGUCACAAGAGACUCAGAGUUUCCAAGAAUUUUGAAGAAUUGAUGCGGAAUGCUCGAUCCAUGAUUACCUCGAGGAAGCUCUGUGCACUUCAGACGUUGCCGUUCCUGGUCGGUCGGAGGGAUAUGGAGAGUGGAGAGCUUAGUUCUGUCUUACUAGAUCUGUUUAAUGCGUGCUCGGAUGAUAAUCCUGUCAUUUCGUCCUGGGCUCUGCUUUCAAUUUCAAGGUGGGGUUCCUGUAGAUUCCUUCAUGUUUCCCGAGCUCUUGGUGUAUUGUUACAAGUCUUGCCCCGGAUAGGAAAGAAAAAAAAGAAAAACACGAUAUAUGAUCCUUUUUGCCCCGUUUUCUUGUUCCACUGUAGAGCGUUUCUGGGCUAAUUCUGUGAUAUAUGUAGUUGUGCAUUCUCAAAAUCUGCAUCCGACCCCUCACAUCGGCCGAUUUGGAACCAGAUCUGGCAGCUUUGCGCCAGGUAUUCGGCAAACCAGGCUACGUGCCGGGCCGCCUGCCACCUUAUGAGGAUUGUACUAGCAGUGGAUCUAGUGCCGUAUACUGAGAUAUCUAAAGAGGUGGAUGCCAUGAUAUUAUCUAUUGAUCUUAGUGGUCCUGCGAAUGUUGUUGACUCGUCUCUGGAGGUUUGGUGCUUGAUAUUGGAGAAGAGGAAUACUGUCGCGCAUUCGUCGAUUUUGCAACCUGGGGAGAGGCUCUUACAAUGGCUGAUAUCGAAGUGGAGGCCUGGUAUGUGGUGAUUCUCUGGAUUCACUUCUUGAGUCUUUGGCUGAUCAUGUUAGUUGAUGCGCUUGAGCGCGGAACUGCUUUGUUCUACUCGCAGCAUCUUUGUCCUAAGAACUUAUCUAGCUUCCUGCUCUCAUGCUGUGGGAAGAAGCCGCUGGACUUUGAAGCGUAUCCACCUCAGCCCUGUGGGCCUAUUGGACAGGCUGUGAUCAGGGUUGCUCGUCAUUCUAGAUUGCUUAGUUUUCUACUGUUCGGAGAUGAGAUGGUGCCGGCAGAUACGCGGGCCAAUACUGCGCGGGCUAAUACUCUACGAGACGCGCAGCCGACUGCACAUCCUGGUGUUGAACUGCAGGUCAUUGAAUUUCUGGAUCGGCAAUGUGACGCUGUCCGGGAAAAGUGGCAGACUAUGGUCGCUACUCAAUUGCAGCACAUUACUCCGGACAUUGUCCAGAAUCUUAUCGGGUUUAUUUGCACUGCGAGUAUACUCUGCUCUGCAGUCCGACCUCGCACACGGGAUAGGAUCAAGGCUGAAGCCCUGGAGAAGAAAUUAGAGGCGUUGAAUGGGGACGCCUUGGGAUAUGUGGAGCGGGAUGACUGCGGUGCUAAGCAGGUUGAGGGGCUGGUUAGGUGUGUUGCUGGGGUGGUUCCUAGACCUGGUGUGAUUGUUGCCUCGUCAUAUAAUGCACCCCAAGUCUUUACUGGUCAGUUUGGGCGGGUCCUGGCUGCUAUAUCUCGGGCUUUUGAAGAAAAGAACAUCGUGAAGAGUUCGAUUGACCUUACGGAGGAUGGGGUCGACAUGAUGGACAUGGACGACGGCUUCGACAUGCCGGAUAACGAUCGGACGGUGAAGAGAGUAGAUUUUUCUAGAGAAUCUAUUCAGGCUGCGCGUGCAGCAGAGACCUUUCAGCAUUGUACCACGGCCUUGCUAUCGCUGUUUGCCCUCUCAACGAAACAUGAUGGCUCGGGUGAGCUCUGCGGGCACUUUGUCGAUUACUUGAUGGGGGUAUCUAAAGAACGAUUGAUCAUGUCCCGGCCACUUAUUAGGGACUUUUUAUUCGCUGCAGGUGAUAGAUUUGCCGAUGGUGAUGCUGCGAACCUCACGGAGCAUCUGGCAAUGGCAUUACUACAAGAUUAUGGCACCGAGCGAUGCGAGACUGCUGUUCAACUUUGCAUCGAUGCGCUGAGUGCGCUCGUCCCUCGAUGGGCCGUCGAAGGCGCGCAAGGCGAUUUGGUGGCUAACUGCGAGUCCAUAUAUGAAUGGGUGACCAAGGUCGCCCUCGACAGGGCUUUAAUGUCUAGCACCACCCGUAUGGAAAUGGCCCAUCUCCUCCAACGGAUUCUGGAAGUUAACCCUGAGUAUGGACAAAUGUCCGAGAUGAAAUCUGCCAGAACACAGUUCAUUGGACUCCUCGCAGACGGUGACGUUCGUGUUUCCUUCGAACUAGGGAACUGCGUCCCGGUGUUGUUCAAGAUCUUUGGGCUCACGGUUCACGAGACCGUUUUCAAGGACAUACUUAGUCACCUGACUGAUCAAUCGGAUUGGACGGAGGGAUUGGCGAUGCGGGUGUAUACACUUGCGCAAUUGGCGUUCACCACCUUUUCCACUAAGAAGUUGAUUGUCUAUCAUAUUUUUGAGACCGGGCAGCUCGUCGAUGGGGAGAAGUACGCCGCAAAGGCCUUAUCUUCUGUCGCCAAGGCUUUGAAACUGGAUGGGCAUAGAGAUCUCUUUAAGAUCUUUAGUCCUCAGUUACUGUAUACUUGGAUUGAUAACGACGAACUCACGAGGUUUCCCUUCCGGGUGUUUGGGUAUGGGAGCUUGAAGGAGUUAUUUGCGGACGUCCAAGAGGACCUUGUUGCCCAGCUGUUAAUGAAAGAGAAGGACGACGCAUCGCAGGAGCUGGCGAAGAUAUUAGACGUCUCGUACAACGAUUUGCUAGAGAAGGGAUUCCACAAGAUACUCGCGUACGGAGUCGCCGGAGCGAUAGCGACACCUCCGAGGGCGGACGCGCCCCGGACUCCGAAUGUGGAACUUCGCAUUAGACAGCGGCUUGGGGACGAGGAGUAUAAGCGGCUUUUAGAAAAGAAGUUUGCACUUAUCAUUGCUUCCCUAUUCCAGGUUAUGCAGGAAGAUGGCGUAUCGGAUAGAUUCCUGUCGAAGGACCCGUCACUCGCUGCCACCGCCGCUCACAUGAGAGAUAUUGUGGAAAUCAGCCACUCGACUGGAAAGAUACCGGACCCACUGAGGCCGUACUUUAAACUCAAGGUUGUGCUCAAUGCCGUGCAUCAUCUGUGUGGGCGAUUGCAUUAUGAUGAUGCCCGUCUUUGGACGCCAGCUAUGUUUACAUUCGUUACUAGACGAUUGCUUGACACAAUGGACCCUGCGCUGGGGAGUUUGAGCGCUUGUGCUGUCGUUCGGAAGAUCCGACUUCUAGUCUGUCUGGCGAAUCCAAAGAGCAUUGAUGGCUAUGCGCUCGAGAUGGUCAUUCAUGGGCUUAAGCCUUACAUUGUCGACACGUAUUGCGCCGAGGAUGCGGUUGGGAUUGUGCAGUACCUGCUUGAUCAGGGGAAGGAAUAUUUAACUACUCAACCGGCGUUCGUGAUUGGAACGUUUUUGUCCAUACUUGCUUCUCUACGGGCGUUUCUCUCUACUACCACGGGGCAGGAGGAUACCCAGGUGCAGUUAAGUAUCAACAUUGCGCAGUCAUUUCAUAUCUGGCUGGGGGAUUACCUCACCGGCUGCCACUUCCCAGAGCUGAACGGGAUGCAAAAUCAAUUGUUUCAGGCUAUCGUCGAAUCUGCUAUGGGUUUCAGGUUACAUGGAAAUGCCUCUUCGGGGACAAAAGAGAGUGAUCUGUUGCGGCAUCUACUGGACGAUGACAGGAAUAAGGAUAAACUUCUGGAUGAUGUCUCCCGCGGGCUGGCGUUCUCGCUGGUCUGCUCGGACUUUCAGAAGCCGGUUAGUUUCCGCGAUGAUAUCUUUGGCAGUGACGAGGAGUCGGUUGCACGCUCUAGGGUGCUGUUGAGGACUUGCCGGAGGUUGGAUGUCAGUGAUGGGUUCUUGCUGUGGGCUGCUCGGGUGCUGGGAAGGUCGUAUGCUGCGAGCGGGGACAUACACAGUGAAUGGACGCAGGAGAUUGAACUGGAGAAGAUUACGGACCUGGACACGACGCAGUACGAUCUCGACAUCAUCCCCAAAGCGGGGAUUUUCCAGCGACUGAUGAAACUGCUGCUCAGCGACGAUAGGCUAGUCGUUGGCCUUGCGGAGGCCACUCUCGAGACUAUAUUCUUUGACGAGUCCAGAUCCCCGGGAGUAGCUACUUUCCAUUAUAUCCUCGAUGAGAAAACGUAUAAGGCUAUGAAGUGGAGUAUCCUGCCGAUGUCACUGUCCGAAGACGAAAACCCACGACCGAUCGCCUCCGUUGCUAAGCCGGAGAUCCUGCCCGUAAACGAAUGGGUAAAGAACCUGACGACGGCGAUAUCAACGAAUCUACAGGAGGAUGCAGUGGUCAAGAACUUGAGGCCUAUACUCGAGAAGGUGGGCGGCCUAGCGAAGGAUUUGUUCCCAUUUGUGGUGCAUAUACUUCUACUACAUCAUAUCAAGGGGGAUGACAAACUUAAGAUGGAGCUAUCACAACUUUUUAGAGAUUGUUUCAGAACUUGUGCGGAGAAGACAGUACCGCAUAGCAUCAUUCUGAUUAAGACUGUGUUGUACUUGCGGACCCAGGAGACUGCUCAGGAGACCACGAAGUUGCCUAGAGAUAAUUGGCUAGAUGUAGAUUAUCUGGAGAUGGCGAGGGCAGCCUGUACCUGCAAGAUGUUCAAGGUGUCACUCCUCUUUGCCGAAAUAUAUCAUUCGGAGUCUGGCAAUGCCGAGUUUCCGGAUUCAGAGCUCUUGCUGGAGAUUUUCAGGAACGUGGAUGAUCUGGAUUCUUACUAUGGUGUCAGCCAAGCCUCCAGUCUUGAGACCGUCCUUAAGAGGUUCGAGUACGAGGAAGAUGGUUGGAAGAGUCUUUCGUUCCGGGGGGCAAAUCUUGAGAGCCACUUGAGGUUGGGUUCUACGUCUGACGGCCAGGAUCUGUUUGGCGUCGUGGAUGCGUUUAACACACUGGGCAUGAACGGGCUCUCGCAUGCGUUUUUACAGUCCGGCACGGCGGCGGAUGCGUCUGAGGACACGCUAGACAACAUGUUCCGCUCGGCGUGGAAACUUGAGCAGUGGGAUCUGCCAUGCCCUUCUUCGUGUGCUACCCGCUCCGCGGUCAUAUACCGGGCUUUACAGAGCGUAAAUAACAGCGUCGAUAUGAGGACCAUGCCGUCACAGCUAGACUCCUCCUUCUUCGAUGUAAUGCGCCAGAUCACGGCCGGGAAGCAAACCGGCCACUCGCUCGGCGCUAGCAUGCGAACACUAGCAAUGCUAACAGAAAUGGAAGAAGUUCUAGUCUCCAAGGAAACCGAAGAACUAGAGCAGGUCUGGGAGCGCUUGCAAAACCGUAAUUCCUGGAUGCAUAUAGGACGAUACUCAGACGUGGAAGAGAUCAUGGCAAUGCGCCAAACGAUCCUCAGUUCUGUUUCUAAACGCGAUCACUUACGACGCGCAGUGGGCGUGGACAUCAAGACUGCUCGCUUCCUAGAAGCGAAAGCACUCGUAGCGUCUUGCAAGAUGGCGAGGAGCCACAAGGUUCUUCAGCACUCACUCUCGGCCGCUACGCAGUUGAGCAAAGCCGCCGAAUCUUGCAAGCAGGUUGGUCUCGAUAUCAAUGCUGUUGCGACGUUACAGGCAGCGAAUGUGUUGUGGGAUCAUGGGCAGGGGAUCGCGUCGAUUAGGAUGUUGCAGGCUUUGGGCUUUGAUAGCGCACUGGGACAGCAGAGUAUUGUAGUUGGGAAGGCGAAGCUUCUAGCGAAGUUGGUAAGUUCCCAGCCAUAAUUAAAUUAUGAUUCACGACUAAUUGGGUUUUUUUCAAUCGCCUUUUUCCAGGGAAAUUGGGUAUCAGAAGCCAGGCUGGAAAAGCCGGAUAAGAUUAUGGGUAAUUACCUUGUUUUCGCUAUCGAUGAGCUUAAGGAUAACUACUCUGGCCCUGAGGCUGGCAGAGUUUUUCACGAGUUUGCGUCCUUCUGCCAUCAGCAGCUACAGAAUGCAGGAAACAUAGAAGAUUACCAACGAGCGCUCAAGCUCCGGCAGAACAAAGAGGCGGAAGUCCGCGAGUUGGAGAAAUUGAUGAAAUCCGCCACCGGUAGCAAGCUGGAGCAGCUCACUGCCUACAGGCAUAAAGCGAAGACCUGGCUGAACCUCGACGACGCGGAGUUUAAUAGAUACAGGUCGAGCAGUGAGGCCUUCCUGGAGAGGAGUAUCUCCAAUUACCUUCGCGCCCUGGCCACUUGUGACGAUUACGACCAUGAUGCAGUCAGGUUUUGUGCUCUUUGGUUGGAACACUCCAGCGACGUCAAGGUAAAUAAAGCCGCACAGGCCCCGCUCGGGAAGGUUGCGUCAAGGAAGUUCGUCCCCUUGAUGAAUCAGCUGUCCUCUAGACUUUUGGAGAGCCCUGAAGACAUAUUCCAGAGCUUACUAUUUCCGCUUAUCCUCCGAAUAUGCAUGGACCACCCGCACCACGGGCACUAUCAGAUUCUCGCACUGACGAGGGCGAAGCCGAAAGACAAUAUUUCCCAGGCCCGUCAGGCCUCCGCCGUGAAGAUCGCCACGAAACUGAAAGCGGACCCAUCGUCAAAGUCGCUUUUCAGCCAUGUCAUACAGGCGACAGCAACAUACAUAAAAUUGGCGACACAAAAGAUUGAAAAGAAGCCCAACAUUAAGCCAGUCCUCAAGAACGUACUAACAAGAGACGUCUACUCCAAAUUCGUCGUCGACAUUCCCAACUGGAAAAUCCCCCCCCCAACAAUGCAAAUCGAGGUCCGUGCGGAUAGGGACUACAGUGGCCUCCCCGUCAUCGUGAAAUUCCACCCGGAAAUCACAAUAGCCUCGGGCAUCAGCGCACCAAAGAUUGUAACCUGCCUCGCCACGGACGGGCGCACCUUCAAAAUGCUCUUCAAGGGCGGUAACGACGACCUCCGGCAGGACGCCAUAAUGGAGCAGGUCUUCGAGCAAGUCAGCAACCUUCUAAAAAAGUCUCGCACAACACGCCAGCGAAACCUCUCCAUUCGGAACUACAAAGUUCUCCCUCUAGCCACCAACGCGGGCAUAAUUGAAUUCGUCGCCAACACCAUCCCACUGUACGACUUCCUGAUGCCAGCACACAUAUCCUACCACCCGCGCGACUGGAAACCCACUUACUGCCGCAAGACAAUCGCAGACGUGCAGACGAAGACCCGGGAAGUCCGCAUCGACGCGUUUCAGCGGGUAGCAGCGCACUUCAAGCCAGUCAUGCGCUACUUCUUCAUGCACAAGUUCAAUGGGCCAGACGACUGGUUCUCCUCGCGACUAGCAUACUCGCGGUCCACGGCCGCCAUAUCCAUCCUUGGGCACGUGCUCGGCCUAGGCGAUCGGCACGGACAUAACAUCCUACUGGACGAGAAGAGCGGUGAAGUCGUGCACAUUGACCUCGGCGUCGCAUUCGAACAAGGCCGCGUACUCCCCGUGCCAGAAGUGGUCCCCUUUCGCCUCACCAGGGAUAUCAUAGACGGCUUCGGCGUCACGAGGACGGAAGGCGUAUUCCGCCGAUCAUGCGAAUUCACGCUCACCGUGCUGCGGAACGAGGCUUACAAUAUCACGACAAUCCUCGGCGUCCUGCGCUACGACCCGCUCUACAGCUGGACCAUUUCUCCGCUUAGGAUGAAGAAAAUGCAGGAUCAGGUCGAGGCUGCUGCGACUGGGAUUGUGGAUGAGGGGAUUGUCGGGGCUGGAGGUGCGGGGAAGAAGGAUGAGGAGGGCGAGGCGGAUAGGGCGCUCACGGUGGUCGCAAAAAAGUUGAGUGCUACGCUGAGUGUUAGCGCUACGGUUAACGAGCUUAUCCAGGUGGCUGGGGAUGAGAGGAAUUUGGCGGUUUUAUAUUCUGGUGAGUGCCAUUUUCCUCCCCCCUCUCUUUUUCUUCUCGUCUUCCUCUUGCUCGUUUCUUCAAUUAUGGGGGGUUUGCUAAUGCGUUUGGUAGGCUGGGCGGCGUAUGCUUAG